GGCGGCCGCGGGGCACCCAGCGCGGGGCCGAGAGCGCGAUGGUCAGCCGCCGCGGCGCGGCAAGAUGCUGGAUGGGCCCCUGCUGGCGCGCUGGCUGGCCGCGGCCUUCGCGCUGACGCUGCUGCUCGCCGCGCUGCGCCCCUCGGCCGCCUACUUCGGGCUGACGGGCAGUGAGCCCCUGACCAUCCUCCCGCUGACCCUGGAGCCGGAAGCAGCUGCCCAGGCACACUACAAGGCCUGUGACCGGCUGAAGCUGGAGCGCAAGCAGCGGCGCAUGUGCCGCCGGGACCCUGGUGUGGCUGAGACGCUGGUGGAAGCGGUCAGCAUGAGUGCUCUCGAGUGCCAGUACCAGUUCCGGUUUGAGCGCUGGAACUGUACCUUGGAGGGUCGCUACCGGGCCAGCCUGCUCAAACGAGGCUUCAAGGAGACAGCCUUCCUUUACGCCAUCUCCUCUGCUGGCCUGACGCAUGCACUGGCCAAGGCGUGCAGUGCAGGCCGCAUGGAGCGCUGCACUUGUGAUGAGGCCCCUGACUUGGAGAACCGAGAGGCCUGGCAGUGGGGUGGCUGCGGGGACAAUCUCAAGUACAGCAGCAAGUUCGUCAAGGAGUUCCUGGGUCGGCGGUCUAGCAAGGAUCUGCGAGCCCGUGUGGAUUUCCACAACAACCUCGUGGGUGUGAAGGUGAUCAAGGCCGGGGUGGAGACCACAUGCAAGUGCCACGGCGUGUCAGGCUCAUGCACCGUGCGGACGUGCUGGCGGCAGCUGGCGCCUUUCCAUGAGGUGGGCAAGCGCCUGAAGCACAAGUAUGAGACAGCGCUCAAGGUGGGCAGCACCACCAAUGAGGCCACCGGCGAGGCCGGCGCCAUCUCACCACCGCGGGGCCGGGCCACAGGGACGGGUGGUGGCGACCCACUGCCCCGCACACCGGAGCUAGUGCACCUGGACGACUCACCCAGCUUCUGCCUGGCCGGCCGCUUCUCCCCAGGCACUGCCGGCCGCAGGUGCCACCGUGAGAAGAACUGCGAGAGCAUCUGCUGCGGACGUGGUCACAACACACAGAGUCGGGUGGUGACCCGUCCUUGCCAGUGCCAGGUGCGCUGGUGCUGCUAUGUGGAGUGCAGGCAGUGCACCCAGCGCGAGGAGGUCUACACCUGCAAGGGCUGAGCCCCUGUGCCUGGCCAGGCUGUUGCAGGGGUACAGGUGGUGUGUGCCAUGUGAGGGGUCUAGACCUGCAGGGGCUGAGUCCUUGACCUGGGCGCCCCCAGUAUCCUUGGUUACAAGGCAGGGGCAGAGGCCAGGGGGUUGGCUGGGUUGGCCAUCUCCGCCCUUUUGUCUCCCCAUCUCAAAGGCCGAGUCUGACCUCUGCAUCCCCUCUGUUUGUCCCUCCCCAUGACCUGAGAGCUUUGCACAGAUGCUUUCCAAGCUGUGUCCCCCUAAGUCACCAGGUGCCCCUCCUGCGCUGGGUGCCCUCUGAGGAGCAGCGGGCACACCUUCAUGACCACACGGCCUCUGUGUGAGCUGCCUGUGGCCUGUCCUGCACCAGCACUGGCUUAGAGAGUCAAACCACUAGGAGAGAGAGCAGAUGCCUGGCUGCCCAGGUGCAGGGGGUAUACUGCCGGCCCCCUCUGACAUCGAGUACUUCUCUUUGGAGUGAUAUCAGUGACUUUUAAGUUAUUUUUAUUUAACUAAUAUAUAAUUAUUAUUUUCUCCAUCCCUGCAGUCUCCCAGGCUGUGGCUCCUCCCCCUCUCAGCAGAGCCUGGCCUGGAGGGGCCCCUUUCUCCCUCCCCUCCACGCCCCCUCCUAAACUGUUCGCCUGAUCUGCUUUGUCGUUUGAAACCACUAAAUCCAGAGAGACAUGCUGUCGUUUUUGAAGAAGUAAAGCAGGCUGUGUCUGGCCACCACCCUCAGGGUUUCUGGAAGCCAGGUCCCAUGGUCCUGGUCGGCUACCCAUAGCAAGGCUGACCUGGGAAGUGGAUGGGCCCUGCUCUGCACCCUGCGGGCACAUGGCUCCACACUCUAGCCUCCUCAAUGCAGAUUCUGGGGCUGGGGGUGGCAGAAGGUGGCCUGUUCUCCCCCAGAGGUGGGCAUGGGCAGAGGGGCAGGGCCAGCCCCUUGGAGGUUCAUUUCAUGAGGAAGGCACAGCUUGCUCUCUGUCACUGUGGGGGAGGCAGGGUGGGGACAGACAUGGGUGGAGAGAGUCUAGGUUAGGAUAUGGCAAAUGGAAGGCUGUUCUCCUUGGCCAUGCUGUUGAUUUUGCAGGGAAGGGAAAAGGAUGGCCAGCACUGACCUGAUUUGGUUUGAGGGUGUGUGCACACAUGUGUGCAUGUGUGUAUGCAUGCAUGAGUGUGUGGUGUGUGUGCAUGAGCAUGUUUGUGUGCAUGCAUGAGUGUACAUGUGUGUAUGUGAUGUGUGUAUGCAUAAGUGCAUGUGCGUGCUUAUGUGUGAGCACGUGUAUGUAUCUGCAUGUGGUGUGUGUUCAUGCAUGAGAAUGUGAGCACAUCUGUGCAUGGGUGUGCAUGUAUGUACAUGGAUGCAUGUAUGUGUGUGACCACGUGCACAUGUUUGUGCAUGUGUGGUGUAUGUGCUUGUAUGUGCACGUGUGAGCAUACGUGUGUGCGUGCAUGCAUGUGCGUAACCGUGUCUGUGCACGUGUGUGGUGUGUGUGCUCAUGCACACUGUGUUGGUGUGGUCAGUGGUUGGCUGGGGUGUGGCCUCUGCCCUGUGCCCUUCCUAGGUGUGGAGCUCUACUUCCCAUGUUGGUGGGGCCUCCAGCCCUGGGCCCAUCCUGCUGAGCUCUAUGACUGUGCUCCGAGGGUGUGCGCUGGGGUUUGGGCAAGCACAGAGCCGGGUGGCAGCGUGGACACGGGAACUACUGAGUGAAGGGAUUCCUCAGAGUCCAGGGGGGGCUUCAGGAACCCUGGGGACUGUGUUUUUAAAAGAAAACCUAUUUAUGUGGAUGUGGGUCUCUUUGUCCCUGUUUUAUAGUGUAAAUAGUAAAGUUUAUUCUCCUGUGGUUCAGAGAACAUCCCCAUGAAUAACUGCAUGCUGACAGAGUGGUGCAGCCAAGGCAUGUCCCCUGGGAGGGGACAGUGGAUGAUGUGGGUCUGCCCCUCGGUCUCCUUCACGCCUGGCUGGAGAGGGUGAGGAUAGGCUGGGGUGCAUCCCAGUUGUCCCCAAGCAUUCCCACCUGCUGGGGCCUGGAGCAGGCAGAGCUGGCCAUGCUUCUAUGACAAGACUGUACCUCGGUCACUACUGGGUCUGGAAAGGCAGCAAGUCAGAGGAAGGAUUUUUUUUAAUCAAAUACCACAUUUAGCUCUAUGUCAUAAAUAUUAAGAAAAGUAUUUUUUUAAACAAGGCAGAUUGAAAACGUCUGCUGGCUGGUUUGUUUAUACAUAAAUAUAUAUCAGAAUGUCUUGCUAAGCAAAGAAACAACUCCCGCUGACGGAGCCUCUCAUUAACAUGCUUCUCUCUGUGCAGCAGAGGAUCUCUAAAAGAAAACAUGUUCUGUGGCGGGGUCCAGAUCCCCCGACCCCCCCCGAGGGCCGCAGGGGCAGAGCCAUGCUGAGGGCCAGGCGGGUCCCGGCCACCUGCUCUGUGCUCAGCGUGCACAGACGUGACUCCGAGCUUCGUUAGGCCAGGUCCAGGCAGGCGGGAGGAGAGGGGCAUUCACACACGAGAGAAGUCUUGUGUGAGCCUGUUGAUUUCUCUACCUCAUCUGUAUAGCGAGUAGGUGUGUACUCGAGUGACUUGGAGAAUGUAUUUAUUUAAUGGCCUUGUGUAACAGAACAGAAACAAAU